AUGAGCGGCUUCUUCGCCGAAGUGUACCUCGUGAACAACAUGAUCAUCAGAAAGGCAUCCCGUAGCGGGAGUGAAGAAGACUUUCUUCUGCAUGACCACCCUCGCAUUGCCGAAUGCAUCUGCCGAGGAAGAAUGGACUUCAUCGACAUCACUAUCCGCAUGAUUUGGUAUUGCGGCGAACUUUUUGUUGACGAUGACUUUGACAUUCGCCUCAGCGAUUUCGACUCGUCACACUAUCCAGGGUAUGAAAAUGCAACGCACUUCUUGCCGACAUAUUGUAAGCUGCCUGACACUUUCGAGGACAUUGUUCAUGGAAGGCGGGACCCACAGCUCGUAGUUGCACGGUUUUCGCGGGAACAGGCCGCCGAUCCGAAAGUUCAACAGCGGUACGAGAACCAUGCAUUUCACGAAGUGUACCGGCUAUUCCGCGGUGACAUGAGGUUAGGUCUAUGGAAGGGGGGGGGGGGAUUACUUCCGCAGAAUAGGCACUCCAAUUGA